ACUGCAGAUGGAACAGUAUGAGCGGUCGCUGCGUGCAGGUGGCCACCACGAGCAUGUCGGACCUGUGCGAGGAGGAACGGCGAGCUCUGCGGGACGUGAGCCUGGCGCGACUACACGGGCUGGACCUGGACUGCCAGAUAACGCUGCCAAAGGAAGAGACUGAGGGAAAGAGAAAAAGAUGGCACAGUUUGUCUUUGAAGAAGCGGCAUCAGAGUGGGGGCAAUGGGACACACGCUGGUUUACUGCUGAAGGAAAGAGGGAAAGAAAACAAAGAUUCGGGAGCACAGGGUCAAGUGUUUGGCAUACCUCUGUCCAAGGUCAUUGCCAACGAGGAGACAAGACGACAGAAGAAGACCUUUCUCCUGUGCGAGUGGACGGGAGAACGUGGCAGGAAGAACGACACGGCGAGAUCCCCCCAGCCCCUGGUGAGAUCUUCCAGUAGCUCUUCCAUCAGCUCUACCUCAGAAGUCUUCAACCAAAGCAGUACAACAGCGCCCCCUGUGAGUCCUGAUGUCGCCCGGUAUCGCAGGAAAAGAAGAGACGCGAUCUCGGUAGACUCGCUAACGGACCUGUCGGAUCGUUACGGACACUCGCCGCUGUUAGACGCUCUCGCGCUGUCCUCCACGGCCACACCGCGCCGGAACGCCGUGUUCAGAGUGAAGGCACAGCUUCCCCGCGCGCCACAAGUACCUCAGUUUGUGCACUGCUGUUUCCACCACCUCCAGAAAUAUGGACUACAGGUACUAGGGAUCUUCAGAGUGGGAGGAUCUAAGAAGAGAAUACGACAGCUGCGUGAGGAGUUUGACAGUGGGCGGGAGGUACAGCUGACAGAGGACCACAACCCACAUGACAUCGGAGCCCUUCUCAAGGAGUUCUUCAGAGAUCUUCCAGAGCCACUGAUGACCAAGGAGCUAUACCAGGCCUUCAUUGCAACCAGAAGAAUGGAGGAGAACCAGAUCUCAGUUCUGCGGCUGUUGUUAGCCCUGCUGCCCGUCCCCAACAGAGACACCCUGUACGCCCUGCUACAAUUCCUGGCUGUGGUCAACCGACACUCCCAGGACUCCGUGGACCAAAAUGGACAGGAGGUGCCGGGAAACAAGAUGGACUCACACAACCUGGGCACGCUGUUCGGUCCGAAUAUCCUGUACCGUGACCGGGAUCCCAACCCCAGCGACGGGGACGCAGCCAACAGGGUGGACGAGCAGCGAGAUGUCAUCCAGGUCAUAAAGUUCAUGAUCGAAAACCACGAGAAACUCUUCAAGGUUCCUGGUCUGCUAUAUGAUGAGGUUCUUCAAAACUUACUGGAAACUGACCCAGAGGCACUGGACAUCAUACUGAAGAGGAAGUGUCAGAGCAUGGAAGCUCCGAUGGACCUGGACACUGCUGGCAGUGUGUUUGAUGACAACGAGAUGUCCAGUCUGCAGAGUUCCCCGCGAGAGGGCGCCGACACCAGACGGCUACACCACCUCAGCGAGCCGUCGCCUCCGAACAUCACCCACCAGAUCAUCAGCCGCGUGCACAGCAGUCCCGUCGUAACCAACGACCUGCCGAUCUACGGGAGCCGGCUCCUGCACCCCAGCCACCGCCGGAGCUUCAAGACGGCGCCGAGCCACAGCUGGGAGCGCUCGGACUCCAUCAAGUCGGACUGCCUCCCGGCGCGGGAAAGCCAGUCCAGCUUCUACUCCAGCGGUUACUCCAGUCCCAACGUUAGCCGACAGGUUUCCUACGACUACAACAUCAGCGGGAGUAACCUGUCCAUGUCUGGUAGCAACUUGUCCAUGUCGGGUAUGAGACCGGCGCCGAUCGUUGCCACCCCGCCGGAGAGCCCAUCCCCGAACAGUCCCCGCAGACUGGCGGGGCUGGUGAACCAGGCGUUCCAAAUGCCUGCCCACGAGAAACGUCCGCGAGACCUCAGCAUCAGUACCGUGAGCAGCGACAUGUCCCUUUCGUCCUCCGUCAACAACAGUCCGCUAGGAAAUAGUCCCGUGAGCCCGAAAGGCCCGGCGGCCCCAUGGGGUCUAAGCCUGAGCGGGCCGGUGGUGUUGCCAUCACACGCAGCACACACGCUGACUCCGCCCCACUCACCAAGGUUAACAGAAGGCCCGAGGCUUCUAAACAACAACGUGGUACCGAGUAACAAUGUCCUACAGACCAGACGGGAGGCCGGACAGACUGAUGCACAGAUUCAGAGAGAGCUUUGGCAACAGUGGGAGAAGGUAGCCAUUCACGACGCCGGGGAUAAGGAACAGGAGACUUUGGUGUAGCUUGAGUCUUCAAAUCUGCAAUGGAAUUUAUUUGGUUAGUGCACUCAAUAGGCAUAUACCUGUACAUGUACCUGUAAGCGCCAAACUCUACGAGAGCCUAAUUUUACCAUGUAUGUAAUGAGCACUGAUAACAACCUUGUACGUGUUUUUUACGUCUUGAAGAAGAUGGCAGUACAAUGUACUUAUGAACCAGUGCAGACCAAAAGGGGCAAGAAAAAGACUUUCAAGAAGUCUGUGACAUUAUUGAGCAAGACUGCCAUAAGGGAUCAAAUUACAACUUGCACUGAGUGUAGCAACUAUAGAAGCACACAAAGGGAACAAAAUUGGUGACUGUUUGAGAUGACUAUAGAUAUCACUAGUUAUACUAAUUUAUCAACAUCUAUGUUGAUAUAAAUCUGUAAUGUAGGUAUAACAACACUACAUUUUGGCUCUUUGUGCAUUACCUUUGCUGGUACUUGGUCCGGGUGCAAUGUGUGUUGGAAUGUGGUAGUAAUACUGUACUGGUGUCUAUGGUACCUGCAGUGAUUUUUGCUGGCUUAUACACA